AUGGCGGCAUCCAGACUAGAAAUUAAUUUUAUCCGGUUAUUAUCGCGCUGUGAAACUUUAGCUGCUGAGAAGCGAUCAGAAUCAGAAUGGAGGCUGGAAAAGUACGUCGGGGCUCUGGAGGAGAUGUUGGUAGCGCUGAGGAAGAGUUUGAGCAAACCCACAGCAGAGAUUCUGACCGACUACACGCGUAAAGUGGACUUCCUCAAAGGACUCAUCGAGGCCGAGAAACUGCCGUCCUCCACCGAGAAAGCUCUGGCUAAUCAGUUCCUGGCGCCGGGUCGGACGCCGACCAUCUCCAGCGAGAGGAUGGUGGCCAGCAAGACGGUGCACAUGCAGAGUAAAGCGCGGUGUACGGGGGAAAUGCGCUCGGAGCUCUUCAACACUGCUGCUGCAAGUGCAGGUUUGUCUGAAAGCGACGUGAGACACAGAAGUCGUGGUGGCACUUCAGCGGACGGGCGUGAGAGCGCGGCGGAGCUGGACGCCGUGCUGCAGCACCAUCACAACGCGCAGGAGAAGUUGGCCGAGGAGAUGCUCAGCCUGGCUCGCAACCUGAAGAACAACACGCUGGCUGCUCAGAACAUCAUCAAACAGGACAAUCAGACUCUCAGUCACUCCAUGCGACAGGCCGAUCAAAAUUUCGAGAAGCUGAAGACCGAGUCGGAGCGACUGGAGCAGCACGCCAAGAAAUCCGUCAACUGGCUCCUGUGGUUGAUGCUCAUACUGGUGUCGUUCAUGUUCAUCAGCAUGAUCCUGUUCAUUCGCCUCUUCCCUCGUCUCAGGUGAUGAUGAUGAUGCCCGCUGGGUGGCACCGCUGGACUGGUGGAACUACGACUUUAAGAGCCUUAACGUCACACUGCUGGUGAAUCGGCACAGCAGACGGGGCAGUGCUGGGCACCGGUGCCCGGGUUCAAGGGUCGUGUCUCAAACCUACUACACACUAACCAGUGUUUAAAAAUACUAAUGACUGUAAUGGACUGCUUAUUUGUCAUAUAUGUGGAUUGGGACACAGCCGGAGAUGCUUGUAAGCUAACUGGUAUUCUAAUAAAGUUUCACAGUUAAGUA